CUGUGUCACGGUCGACGACCCCUCAGUGCCCCCAGGGGAGGACAUGGACGGCAGAUACUGGGUGAGCGGGCGGAGCGAAGAGGAGGCCAGGGACAAAGCAGCCAAGGCCUUUGGGGUGACCCCGGACAAGAUCUCGCUGCGGCAAGAUGACGAUGUCCUGGAUACCUGGUUCUCCUCCGGCCUCUUCCCGUUCUCCAUCUUCGGCUGGCCCAACCCCAGCGAAGACCUGCAGGUUUUCUACCCCGGGACGCUCCUGGAGACCGGCCACGACAUCCUCUUCUUCUGGGUGGCCCGCAUGGUCAUGCUGGGGUUGAAGCUGAAGGGCCAGCUGCCCUUCCAUGAGGUUUACCUUCACGCUGUCGUCCGCGACGCCCACGGCAGGAAAAUGAGCAAGUCCUUGGGCAACGUCAUCGACCCGCUGGAUGUGAUCAGCGGGAUCACGCUGGAGGGCUUGCAUGCGCAGCUGCUGGAGAGCAACCUGGAGCCAGCGGAGGUAGAGCGAGCCAAGCAGGGCCAGAAAAGCGAUUACCCUGCUGGGAUCCCAGAGUGCGGUACAGACGCCCUGCGCUUCGCCCUCUGCGCGUACACCUCCCAGGCUACUGACAAAACAGCAGCUUGGAAGAAAAACACCAACACAUUCUUCAGCGUAUAA